CUUCACCCCCCCCCAACACUUCGGUCCUUUCCCGCGGCCGGAAUCUAGGUGGCCUGUCACCGCAGCGGCGCAGGCUGCCAUUAGGAGAAGUCAUUGUCUGACACCAACCGAACGCUUAGGUUGCUUUAGCCAGCCCUCCUUUAUAUCCCACAUAGAUAGGCGCGAGCCGUCCAGAACCUCUUUCCCCUCUUUUCUCUCUUCUCUCUCUCAUCAUGAGCGCCAACGCCGAAUCUGCCCCCCAAGUGGCAGACCUUGUUACCUCGACCCAGGACAACACCGCCAACACGCAAUCCACCGUCAGCCAAGAUGCCGCGGGACGCGAGUCCUCCUCCUCCCCCGCCGCCGCCGCCGAACUCGCCAGUACAAAGGUAAAGCUGAUGGCCGCCUUGAGGUCGUUCCCCGACUUCCCCAUCCCCGGCAUCAACUUUAUCGAUAUCCUCCCCCUCUUCCAGGACGUCAAGACCCACGAGGCUCUCCUCGUCGCUCUCCAGCUCCAGAUCGAACUCUCCCACCAGAAGCCCGACGUCAUUGUCGGUCUCGAUGCCCGCGGCUUCCUUUUCGGCCCCUCUCUUGCCUUGAGAAUGGGCGCUAGCUUCGUCCCCGUCCGCAAGCAGGGCAAGAUGCCCGGUCCCUGCGUCACUGCCGCCUACGAGAAGGAGUACGGCACCGACUUCUUCCAGAUGCAGGAUGGCGCCAUCAAGCCCGGCCAGAAGGUUCUUAUCGUUGACGAUAUCAUUGCUACUGGUGGCUCUGCUGCUGCCGCUGGCGAGCUCGUCAAGAAGCUCGGUGGUGAGACGAUCGGUUAUCUCUUCAUCCUUGAGAUUGCUUUCCUCAAGGGUCGUGAGAAGCUCGGCGGUGUUCCCGUCACCACUCUUCUCGAGACCGAUGAGUAGACUCAAAAAACCAUGUCGGAUUCAUCACGACUUGCAUUUACGUCCAGAAUUUACGCUACCGUUAUACCCAAUGUCUUAUAUCGCCGGCCUUAUACAUCAGGCAAACAUCGGCCGCUCAGGAUCUACGACUCCCUUUGCAAUUCUCGCUAUGGAUAUACGCCCUUUCGACACACGAUUUGGAUCCAAACGGGGAAGAAGCC